GAGAUGCAACUGUCAAACAUGUCAAAAAACUGUUCUGUCAUUGCCGGGCAUCAUCACUCUCGGUAAAAGUUGCAAGUAAACAGUUGUUAACCUCACACACCGUUCAGUAAAUCAAAUUUUAACUUCAAAAUGUCCAUCCUAGCGUACAACGGUGGCUGCGUGGUCGCGAUGAAGGGCAAAAACUGCGUGGCAAUUGCCACCGACCAUCGGUUCGGCGUCCAGGCCCAGACGAUCGCGACCGACUUCGAGAAGAUCUUCGAGAUCAACCCGCACAUGUAUCUGGGGCUGGUCGGCCUCCAGACGGACAUCCUGACGGUGCACCAGCGGUUGCUGUUCCGCAAGAACCUGUACGAGGUGCGCGAGAACCGCCAGAUGACGCCGGAACGGUUCGCGGCCAUGCUGUCCAACUUUCUGUACGAGAAGCGCUUCGGGCCGUACUUUAUCGAGCCGGUCAUCGCCGGGCUGGACCCCAAGUCGUACGAGCCGUUCAUCUGCAACAUGGACCUGAUCGGAUGUCCGAACAAGCCGAACGACUUUGUCGUGGCCGGAACCUGUGCCGAGCAGCUGUACGGUAUGUGCGAAACGCUGUGGAAGCCGGACCUGGAACCGACGGCGUUGUUCGAGGUCAUCUCGCAGGCGCUGGUGAACGCGUUCGACCGGGACGCCAUCUCCGGUUGGGGCGCCACCGUUUACAUCAUCGAGAAGGAGAAGCUCACGGUGAAGAAGCUGAAGACGCGUAUGGAUUAGGGUGGAGGCUGCAAAGUGGAGAAUUUGGAUGUGUCCGGAGGGGGAGAAAUUUGGAAUCAAGCCGGAAAACGAAUGGGAAACGGUGUUGUUCUUUUCGUAUUAACAAAUUUAUCCAACUCAAUAAAUUACUUUAAGAACUGGAA